UGGAGGCAGGUCCGCCGUCGGGGAGGCGCACCUUUAAGUCUUCCUCUAUGUCUCUUCUAGUCCGAAGUGGCGUCGGGCGGAUCGAUGGCGCAUAGCGAGGAGAGCAGCGCGGACAAGGACGCGGCGAGUCGAAGCAAAGCGAGGAAAAUGCUGCCGAAGAAAGGGGGCAGGAAGCUCGGCUGGGCCGCGCCGUGUCCUUCGCGUCCGCCCCAUCGCGGCGCCCCGCAGUACCGCAGGGUUCCGGGAAGUCACCCGGCGCUCCUGUCCGUCCACCACCACAACAACAACAACAACAGCGGCGGCGGCGGCAGCUCCGUCCCCGCCUUGCCCAGUGCCAAAGCCCGCGUCGAGCCGCCACCCGGCACCGGGCUCACUCUCCACCCGCUCAAACCGGGAGCCAAGAAGGAGUUGCUGAAAUCUGGGAGACUGGAGCGAAGCACCAUCACGCAGCAAGGGGACCCAUCCGUUCGCACCUUGAGCCGACCCGACCAGAAGACGACCCAGAAUGUGAAUUCGAGUAGCCACAGGAACAAGCAGAAAAGCACACAUCCCGGUGGUCCUCAGCCUGGGCGGAGGAAAGACGGCGGAGUCCCGCCGAGACGCGCCAGCCUGCACCAGCCUCCGCUCGGAGAGCUCAAGAAGGCCCUCUGCUCAGCCGACAACGUCAGGUUCUUUAAGGCACUGCCCGCUGUGCCCGAGGUGCUCAGAGAUGGUGAGAAGGUCUACGCUGGAGCGAAAUUCAAUGAACCGCCCUCCCCAAGUGUCUUGCCCAAGCCGCCCAGUCACUGGGUCGCCACCAGUGGGGCCCCGAUGGACAACCGAGAGCAAAUGACUGUUCACCUCAAGUCACGGCUAAAAGUUCAAGGUAGAUCUUGACCGCAGUCUGCCGUUUCAGGAGGGAGCUUCACAAAUCGAUAGCGGAUGAGUAGCAGAAUGUUGUCAAGCGUUUGGAAUUUAAGAAGAAUUGAGCAUUAUCUAUUUCUGCAAUAGAAUGUAUGGAUUAUUUUUUUAAGAUCUGUAGUACAGUUUCCCAUAAAAAUUUCCACUGAAAGUCAACAAAUCACCCAGGUUUGUAAAAUGCAUUUGGGGAGCCACGUUCAGCGCUGGAGAUUUAAGUUAUACAAUUAUGCUCAAACGAAUGUCCCACUGCUCUCAGGUUAUAAAAGGUACCAUUAACAGAGAAGAAAGCUAAAUUCUUUGUUUUUUUUUUGGGGGGGGGGGGUUUCUUCGAGAGGGAGAGGGAACGGUCUGGUUUGGAGGUCUGGUAUAGCUCCAACAGCGACAAGUUUCUCCCCGCUCACGGUUACUUCUCACAAAGUGACGGACGCACUUUUGUUGAACAUUUUUGAGAAGGCGGUCUUGUGUUGAUCUUCUUUUUUUUUUUGAGCUUGUGUAAAUGUACGUAAUAUACUGUAGACACAUGUGUAUAUUUUCCACGUUUUAACUCAGAAUAUAGUUUUGUUACUGAAGCUUCCAAAUGUUCCCUACAAACUUAGGCACUUUCUCACAAUUCCACCGGUGGGUCAUGGCACCCAUUUGGGGCACACAGGAAGUGAGAAACGUGUUUUCUUACAGAUUUGCACUGAAAAUAAGGGCAGGGCACGAUAUUCUUUUCUUCUUCUUCUUUUUUCUGGUGCAAAAAUCCACAGUGGCUGGAUUACUCGGAAUAUUGUCAACCAUUUUCACCAGCCAGCUGGAAUUUUAUAUUGAAAAUUGACUUUUUAACUAUGGUUGGUUAACCUGGCCUUAGGGUGCUGUGAGAGAACACAAGAUGCCGUAACGCUGACAAACUUACCAGCGACCGCCAAAGUUUCCCAGCAGUUGUCUGGCGGCCGGUAGCGGUUUGUCUUCCCGAGCCCCCUGCUCGCGGCAAGCAUCCUUCACAUUUGAGUGUGCGCGGGUGCGUGUUGGGGGGUCUGUGAACCUCAUGAGGCGUUAAUGCGGCUGCAACACUGUUAAUGCUGCACGGAAAAGAGCCAGAAUCCUCCUGGAAUGAUUGUCUGGAAGGUCCAGGACACCAAAAGGUGGCGUGGGCGAAGACUCGAAACUUAAGGAGUCUCGACCGUCAGGGCAACCGCUGCAGAAGACCGACGUCCAGCGUUCAGCCGAGUGCGUUUUCUAUUUAACUCGGUCGCACUGAUGUGAUGCGUCUCGUGUUUUGUUUUGUUUUCCUGUAUACGUGUAAGAUUGACAUACCUCUUUGUCACUGUCUUGUCUAAUCCACUGAAGUGACUUGCCGAGUUUAUUUUUUCUGACGGUCCCUCACAUAUGCGUCUCUUGCCGUGGUUUAUUACGGAUGCGGGCAGCUAACCGCUGCUUGUCGUGCGCUACAGUGUCUGUGAUGUCACAAAAAUGGAGGGGAUUGUAAUAAUGUAGCAGAUAAAAAUCCACCCGUUUUAUUGCAGUGAUCAAAAAUGAUGUAAUUCCUGUUGUUAGUGUGGCACGCUAAACAACACACUCCCAUACUGCAGUUUGGGGAGGGGGGGGUUUGUUUAAUCGUGAGUUUCAUAUGUAAACUGAAAAUUAUAUUAAAAUAUCGGAUACCGCCUGUUACGUCGGCUCUGGCGUGAGUUGGGGGGGUGAUAGACCUGCAACUUAGUCGGAACUGGAUUGUGCUUAUUUCUAAUGUCGCGUCAGGCCUCAUGCAGCAACUGUUUGUACGCAGAACUGCCGUUUCAAGGGUGUGUGCCAACUAUUUACAUGUCGUUCACCAGUUUACUU